AUGGCUGAUCGUGGGCAUCCCCCGCAUGCCGGCGGUCCUCCUUCUGGACGCGCUCCCUCGCAGCCUUCUGCUGUCCGCAGCGUCGAUGCAAGCCGAGUUGCAUCCCCAUCUCGUGCCGGCCAGCCAGGCUGGAAUCAAGGCCCUGGAUUUGAUCCAGCUCGCCUUGGAGGUCCUACCAAGAGGGCAGGCAAUACGCGCAUGGAAUUGCCCCCAGAUGCGUAUGUGUCCGACACACAGAAGUCCAUGUUUACCCUUCGAGGAAACAACCUCAAUACAGAAGGAUCACCCGCUGUUGUUGAAGUCAAUCAAUAUCGAAUGACUAAGUUUGACUUUUCAAAGAAAAUCUACCAGUAUGACGUCGCCUUAUCCCCGGAUCCCGACAAAAAGGCCGUGAUACUCAAGAAGAUUUGGGAACACCCAACAUUCAAAGCAGCCCUACAGAAAUACAGCUACGAGAUGUGGAUCUGUGAUGGUAACAAACUGGCUUGGUCGCCCGCGCUGGUCGAUCGAGGUGAACUUCGUUUCACCGUGAAUCUCGACGAAGGCCGCCCUGCACCUCAACAACAAAAACCUGGCCGACAAAACAGCAACGUUUUCCACGUGACUCUCCGAAAGACCACUGAGGUUCAAAUGUCGUCGCUCAAAGGAUAUCUCGAGCAGCGCGUUCAGUACAACAAUGGUGUCAACGAGGCGUUGAACUUUAUUGAUCACCUGAUUCGACAAUGGCCGUCGCAGAACCUGUUGGCGAUCAAGAGAAACUUCUACAAUCGAGUGGCUCAGAGUCGCCCUCUGAUGGAUGGCUCUCUUGUUGAGGUGCGCAAGGGUACUUACGCCUCUAUUAGGCUGAGCCACAACCUAAGUCGAGGCGGAACGGGCCUCGCCUUGAAUGCCGAUAUUGCGAAUACAUGCUUCUGGGUCGGCAAUCAAACCGUCGACAAGUUGCUCGGCAUUUACCUUGCGGCCAUUGAUGCCAGGCGUUGGCGCAAUCUGCCGCCAAAUGAGCUUGCCAACCAGCUCAAGCCGGUUCGUGGCAAUAAACAGGGCGUGUACGAAUCUAGCGACGCCUUCAAGCAAGCUCGCAAGCUUCGGAAGCUCAAGUUUAAAGUACGUCACCCGAACCGCACCGCCGCGGUGGAUAAGGUUUACUCCAUCCAAGACAUUGCCUUCCGGCAGGAUUAUGGCGCAGAAGGCGGCACGGCCCGAAACAUCAAGUUCGAUCAUGAUGGCCAGCAAGUGUCUGUGGCGCAAUACUUUGAACAGAAGUACAAGGCGUUCCUGCGCUUUGGAAAUCUUCCUUUGAUUGACGCUGGCAAAGGCGGUUUCAUUCCCAUGGAAUUUGCAGUGGUCGAGCCCAUGCAGAGGUAUCCAUUCAAGCUCAGCCCGGACCAGACCGCUGCCAUGAUCAAGAUUGCAGUCACAAGGCCAAAGGAGAGACGGGCUGACAUCCAAUCACAUGUUAACGACCUCAAGAUGUCAAGUGAUCCGUUUUUGCGCCACUAUGGGGUCCAAUUCGAUCCGCAAUUUACCAAAGUUGAUGCUAAAGUGCUCGCGCCGCCAGCAGUCAACUUUGGAACCGGUACUGCGGACCCGAAGUUCUCCGGCCGUUGGGAUCUUCGUGGAAAGAAGUUUUGGAGGCAAAAUUAUGCUCCAUUGCAGAACUGGGGAUUCUUGGUUCUGGAUAAUUGUGUCCAACUUCCCCAACUGAAGGCGUUCGCACAAACCUUCAAGACCACCUUUAUUGGCCAUGGUGGCAAGUGCACGUCAGACCCUCUACUCUUGGCGCCUCCUGGAAACGUGAGGGGCGAUGUUGCCCAGUCUCUUCACUAUGCGCAUUCCCAGAUUCUGACUACGAAGGGCUAUCCGCAGCUCAUUUUUGUUGUAGUACAACACAAGAACAGUCCUCAUUAUAUGCGCCUCAAGAAGUCUGCCGACUGUCGAUUCGGAAUCCUCACUCAGGUGGUAAAUGGACGAGCUGUUUCAGAAAACAACGGGCAAUACCACUCAAACGUAUGUAUGAAAGUGAAUGCCAAACUUGGCGGCGCAACAGCUCGUACCGUCCCUCCAUGGAAGAUCAAGUCGGCCACCUACUUUCCUGAAUCUCGGCCGACUAUGAUCAUUGGAGUCGAUGUUUCUCACGCUGCACCGGGAGGUGUUACAGCUUCUGUUGCGGCUAUGACAAUGUCUGUUGACCGGGACGCAAACCGGUACGCGGCAGCAGUUGAGACCAACGGGUACAGGACUGAGAUGUUAACAUCAAGCAACGUCAACUUUAUGUUCGGUCAACUGGCGGAGAAUUGGAAGGCCAAUCAUGGAGUUUUCCCGAAGCACAUCAUCUACUUUCGGGAUGGUGUUUCCGAGGGUCAAUUUGCGCAGGUCAUUGAGCACGAGAUCAACGAAAUCAAGCGCCACUUGGCCCGGGUGGCGCCUAACCAGGCGAUGCCCCAAUUCACCGUGAUCGUGGCAACGAAGCGCCACCACAUCCGUUUCUUCCCGCAGAAGGGAGACAGGAACGGGAACGCGCUGCCUGGCACUCUUGUCGAGAAAGAGGUGACUCAUCCCUUUUUGUGGGAUUUUUAUCUCUGCUCGCAUGUCGCCAUUCAAGGCACAGCCCGCCCAGUCCACUACAAUGUUAUUCUGGACGAAGCAAAGAUGCCGGCCAACGAGUUACAAAAGAUGAUCUAUCACCAAAGCUACUCAUAUGCAAGAUCCACAACCCCAGUGUCAUUGCAUCCGGCUGUCUACUAUGCGCAUCUCGCCGGGGAUCGGGCCCGAGCACAUGAGAAUGCGUUUAGCAGCGAUGGCUUUCAGCAGGGCGGCAAGGGUCAUGAGAUGAUCAGGGAUCAGGAGGCUAAAGGGCAUCUUGCUGAAAUGCCUGUCGCAUCAGAUGCGCCGAAGCUUCUGCCACUGGGUGGACAGGUUGGCCUGGACGCUGUGGAGGGCGAAGAUCGACAGCGAAAGUUUUUUAGAUCUACCAUGUGGUUUAUCUAA